AAUGAAUACAUUUGUUUACCUGUUGUUUGAAAGAAACAGUUUUCAAGCGUGAUGAUGAAGUGCGCGGUUUGUGACGAAAAUGACAAAAAAUAUAAGUGCAAAACAUGCGAAGUGCCUUAUUGUUCGGUAGCAUGCUACAAGAAACACCAGGAAGUACCUUGUGGUAACAGUUCUACACGCGAGCUUGAGAUCCGAGAGGACCGACGGCCCCAGAGGAUUCUUCUGUACACAACAAUUGACACCGUGGAAACCGAAAAAUUGGAGGAACUAAGAAACUCCGAGGCUCUGAAAAAUCUGCUGUACAAUCCACACUUGCGAAAACUGCUGGAAGAGAUCGAUAGCGCUCCAAGUGCUCGAAAAGCCAUUCAAAUUGCGAUGAUGGAACCACUGUUUGUGGAGUUCGCCGACGAAUGCCUGAAAGUGGUUGAGCCUCCCGAUGUGAUGUAAAUAACCAAACUGUUAGCCUCGGAUUUAUCAUUUUAUUUAUAACAAUAAAAUUAUUUACAAAAAAACUCUUUAAUUGUAAA